GUCACGCGCUGGAACGAUUUCGCGCAGCUGUACAACAGCAGCAGCGGCGGCGAUGCGUGGGAGGCGCCUACCGAGUUUCAGUCGCGUAACGUGAGCUGGUGGAAGGCUGUCGAGUUGGUGUUGGCGCCGCACACCGCCGAGGCGCAGACCGUGACGGUGUCCGCGAACGCGACGGUAGUGGACUCGGUGUCGCCGCGCGCCGUGGUCGUGGAGGUGUGGUGUGUAGUUCGGUGUAUCCCGGGCUCGCGCUCUCUGGUGUCUUCAGCCGUGAUGUUGCAGCCGUUGGUGGUGGAGAGCAGAGAGGACGAGCCGGCGUCGCUGUCGCUGAGCGCGUUGAACGUGCUGAUGGAGUCGCUGGACCAGUCCGCGGUGUGGCCGGAGUACUGGUCCGUGGCCGUGGAAGUUCACGGGCGCGACCUCGGCGCUUCUGUGAGCGGCUUGGCUCUCGACGGGAAUUCGUCGGAGGUGGAAGAGCGUGGUGGGCGUGUCGAACGUGUCAGCGGCGACGCUGGCUUGGAACGCUUUGUCGGGUUAUAG